AUGCUUAGUUUGGGAGUUGUGUCACCUUCACAGUCAGCUUGGAACUCACCUGUAGUAAUGGUUCAGAAGCCAAAUGGGGACCUAAGGCUUUGUCUAGAUUGUAGAAAAUUAAAUGCAGUUUCCAAACCCGAUGCGUAUCCUCUCCCGUAUAUAAGCAGCAUAUUGGACCAGCUCCGCGACGCGAAAUACCUAACGUCAAUAGAUCUUUCCGCUGCGUAUUGGCAAAUACCCUAUGAUAGCGAGCAAUCAGCUGAUAAGACCGCGUUCACAGUGCCACGUAGGGGGUUAUUUAGAUUCAAUGUAAUGUCGUUUGGCCUUGUUUCCGCGUCAAGCACAAUGCAGAGAUUAAUGGAUAGGCUAUUUGGUACCGAAUUUAACAACAAAGUAUUCUGUUUCCAAGACGACAUAAUCAUAAUAUCCAGCACUUUCUCAGAACAUGUGCAGCUCUUGCAUAAGUUCUAUGCAAAACUCAGGGACGCAAACUUGACUAUAAACAUGGAUAAGUCUAUCUUUUGCCGUAGAGAACUUAAGUACUUGGGAUAUUUAGUUGACAAACAUGGACUUAGAACUGAUCCGGGAAAGGUAGAUAUUAUAUUGAAUUAUCCAACUCCAACUUCCGCUAAAGAGGUUAAAAGGUUUCUAGGCAUGGCAGGCUGGUACAGGAGGUUCAUUAACAAUUUUCCGAAAAUUAGUAAACCGUUGAAUAAAUUAACUAGCAAAAAUGUCCGCUUUGAAUGGACUACGGAGGCAGAUGAGUCAUUUAACCACUUAAAAACCGCUUUAGUGUCUGCUCCGAUACUUAAAUGUCCAAACUUUGAUUUGCCUUUUUCUAUCCAUUGUGACGCUUCCUCAGUGGCUGUGGGCGGAGUCUUAACCCAGACUUAUGACGGGGUAGAACAUCCCAUAGCAUACUGCAGUCGGUCUCUUGCCAAAAAUGAAAUUAAUUUUUCCACAUCGGAGAGAGAACUUAUGGCCGUGAUUUACGCAUUAGAGCAAUUUAGAUCUUAUGUAGAAGGUACAAAGUGUAAAAUAAUAACCGACCACGCCUCGUUAUUAUGGUUUUAUAAAUUAAAUAACCCAUCAGGUCGCUUAGCCAGGUGGAGCAUGCGAUUGAGUCAAUUUGAUUUCGAAAUAGAACACAGAAAAGGUAAAUUAAAUGGUUAUUCCAGACGCACUAAGUAG